ACUCCUUUCUACCCUGCCUGUCUUAAAAACCGGUACACGGAAACAAGAGGUAAAAUGAGACGGACUGUCCGCACACAGUCGAGAGUUUUAUCGUUAUUUUAACCUGCUGUUACAGUGGUGUUCAACAACAAGCAUUGUGUCACUUAUUCAACACAAGUUUCAGCAACAUUUAUCAUCCGGGGAGCUUUUAUCGUUGCACGUUAACAUCCACCAGUGCGACAUUAGCCGGGCGGAAGGAAACACAAACAAAAAACUUAGCUAAACCAUUAAUAGAAACCGCUCUGUGGUUUGUUAUCUUCGCCCGCCUUUUGCUACCUGCAUCGACAUGGCUGCUAAUCCUCCUGGACAAGCCCACCCAAACAAAGCACGCGUGGCGAUCCUGGCCGAGCUGGAGAGGGAGAGGCGACGGCUGAUGCAGAGUCAGUCUAUGAACACUCCUGGAGCCAGCAUCUCACUGUCCAGGCCAAGUCUGAAGGAGUUCAGGGAUAACGCAGAACAGCAGCACAUCGCUGCACAGCAGAAGGCCGCCCUGCAGCACGCACAUGCACACUCAUCAGGCUUCUUCAUCACUCAGGACUCGUCAUUUGGAAACCUCAUCCUCCCUGUCCUUCCACGCCUGGAGCCCGAGUCAUGACCUCUAACCCCUGAUCUCCCUACAUUCCAUGCUGCCUGAGACAAAGCUUUGAAACUAAAUAUGUGCACAUCAGACCUCUGUCUCUCCCAAUUUCCUCUUUUAAGUCUGUGAUUAAUGGACAGUUGUUUGUCAUGUUGUAAACAAUCUCAGGGGAAAGUGAAUCCAUCAGUUUUACAUUUUCCAGACUAACAAGCUGGCUGCUGAUUUUAGGAAAGCUGUCAAAACAGUCGGAAUAGAGAUUCCAUAUCACUAUGAAAACAUCCAGUUAAGUCAUCCAGGGGCUAAAGACAAACUCUACAGAAAUACUGUAAAUGUUAUCCUGCUCUGUUGCCAAUCACACAGCUUUCCAUAAAAUGUACUUUUUGUCAGGUUUUUACAUUUGUAAUUCAUUUGUAUUGAUAUUUGGAUAAAUAAAAUUGUUACAUUCAA